GCGGGCCUCACCAUCAUGAUUCAAGACUUUGCCCCAAAGUUCCGUAGCCAUUUUGGCUCAAGGCCCUCGGUCGCGCACCCGCGGCACUUGGGCCGCCAUGGCGCCGCGGCCGCCGCACGCCGCGCGCCUGAAGCGCUACGCGCUGGCGGCGGCCUCCCAGGGCCGGGCCGGCUGCGCGGUGCGCUUUCCGGGCGGCCACGCCUCGGCGACGGACUUGCCCCGGCCAGCCGGCGACGACGCCGCGCCCCAGCCGGUGGAGCUCCUGCUGGCGGCCCUGGUCGGCUGCAAGACGGCCACCGCCCACUUCGUGGCGCGGCACUCGUGGCCGCGGCCCUUCAACCGCAUCGACGCCAUCGAGUGGGCGGACGUCGCCGCACACCGGGACGAGGCCAUCCCCGUCUCGCUGCCCAUCUGCCCUGGCAGCGUCUUGCCAGGGAACCCGGGGCUCCUGGAGGUGCGAGGCGUCGCCUUCGUCCGCCCCCCGCGGGGCGCCCUCGACGCCGGGUCCAUCGGCAACGAGGACGUGAGGCUCCUGGGUGAGGAAGUGGAGCGCCGCUGUCCGGUCGCGGCGAUGGUGCGGCAGUCCGGCUGUCGACUCAUCUUCGACUGGCGGCUGGUACGGGAAUGACAGCUAGCGUUAGAAAAAAAAAGACUUUGCC